AUGUCCACCACAACAGAUCAAACUGCUAUUAAAAUUAUUACUCUUCCGGCUAAGAAAUAUCUUGGAGUAAGAAGAAAUAAUAUUUCAAUUGCUGAUGGUGAUUUUCCAAAAUGGAUCAAAGAAGCUUCUCGUUUAAUUUCACCAGUUUUGAAUAGAACAUGUUAUCCAACUGUAACAGCCUUUCCAAGAUUUGUCAGCCCACAAGAUGCCGAUAUCGAACAUUUGUUAUUUGUCGAUCAAGAAUUGAGUAUUGAUUCUGAUCUAGUGAAUAGAGUUGAAAACUCUCAACCAAAUGAUGAAGGAUUAAAGGCUCAGUUAUCUGAAAUGCCAAGUGGAGAAUAUGCCUACUUCAGAUAUGUAGGUCCUUACGAAGGACUGUCUAGUGUUUGGAAUAAGCUAAUGAAAGAGAAAUUGAGUGGCUAUGUCCAUACAGAGCCAUGUUGGGAGGAAUAUAUUAAUGAUUGCACACAAGUGAAGAAGGAAGAACUUAUUACAGAUUUAUAUUGGAAACUUGAAAAACAAUAA